AAACCUAACAAACUUGACAGUUAAAACCGUACCAAAACCUCAAACAAAACCGAGAGCUUACCAAAAGCUAGCAAACGAUCAAACAAACAAAAACUCACCAAUACCAACACGAUCUACAUUCUACUCCUUUGCUCUUCUCCAAUCCAACCACUUUCCAAAUUCUUCUGCCUAUUCGAUUCCUUUGGGAUGCGAUUCUUCAGAAGAAUUGCAGGAUUGCUAGGGUUAGCUAGAGACAAUGGUUCCGAAGUAAAAGAAGGCGAAGAUGAAGUCGAUGAUAGUCUAGUCAAUAACCGCCCCAAUUUUCAAGAAACCGGUCUUCCUCGUAAAGGUUUUGGUGUCAAGGUACAAGUCCCUGUGGAACGGCCUCAGCAAGGUCCCGUUCUUGUCCCCUGUACUUCCGGCGACGGUGGCGUCCAGGGUUUAGGAUGGUAUGCAAAACGUCUCAGGAUAGAUGAAGAUGGAGAUGUAGCAGAUGAGUUCCUUGAUGAGGUCUCCUCACAUACAUCAGCCAGUAUGGAAGAGCAACAUAGGCCAUUGCCAACAUUCGAAGUAAGGUACAGUACCAGACCAGCUAUAGUGAAGAACCAGGUCUUGACGCCUGAUGGCAAAAUUCAGCAAUGUGUGGAAUACCAAGGUAGAUUGCAAUGGGUGUGAAGGACCUUUGUGAGCGUAUAGGUUUUACAUUCGAUACCAAAAGUAUGUUAACUUUAAUUCUUUUGGGUAUAUGAUCUUUCUACUAAGGUUGUGGAACCCUUUUGUACUGUUGUAGCGUCCUGUCGUGUUUGUGUUAAUUGUUUAAAAGGGUUUCCUCAACUACUUUAUUGGGGAUUUUGAUUGUACCUAUCAUCACUCAUAAUAUUUGCAAACUGUAGCUUUUCUCCAUAAUGCAAGAGUUCCAUGAACUAUCAACUGA